CACAGGUCUCCAAUCACACCAAUUGCUCAGCUGAACUCCAUUUACUAUGGGCAUUCCAUUGAACCUGGGUACUCUGCUGCUGAUACUCCUCUUCUACACACAAGUGCACGCAGGGCGUAUCUAUGGGGGCAAGGAGGCUGUGCCCCACAGCAGACCCUACAUGGUGCUCCUGGAGAAGGCUGUCUCCAAAAACCGGAAGGCAGGAAGCUGUGGUGGUUUUCUAGUGAGAGAGGACUUUGUGAUGACUGCCGCCCACUGCAAUGGGGGAUCCAUUAAGGUCAAGCUGGGAGUCCACAACGUGCAGCAGGAACAAGGUCAGGAAAUGCUUGUGAAACAGGCAUUUCCACAUCCAAAUUAUGAUAAAGAAUAUAAUAAUGAUAUCAUGCUACUCAAGCUGGAGGGGAAUACGGUUUUCACUGACCGUGUGAGACCCAUUGGCCUCCCGCAGACAGAAGAUGAGGAGGUGCCCAAGGACUGUCUGGUGUCAGGCUGGGGACACACUAUCAGGCGAGUAAAUAAAGGCUGCCCUGUGCUACAGGACCUCAACGUGACACUGGAUGAGAAUCAACUUUGCUCUGACAACCAUCAGGUCUGCUCAUCAGGACUAAAUGGACCUGCUCCGGGAGACUCUGGUGGUCCAUUAGUCUGUAAUGGUGUGGCCUAUGGGGUGGUGUCUACCAAGACUAGAGACAACACCUACAUCUACAUGCGCAUCCCUGACUACCUGGACUGGAUCAAUGACACCAUGAAGAAUUGAUAUGCCACUGACCAGAAACAUUUUGUUAAUUUGGCCACCCAGGUGCCUAGAACAUGAUUAUGAUACUGUGAAGAAUCAUAAUGUGCUUAUGAUGCUUUCUGAUUGAUUUACCAGUGCUGGUUAAUGUCUUUGCCCAGAGCCGCCUCUUGCUAUACGGAUACUUUUUUGUUAUUUUUUUGUUUGUUAUUUUUUAUUCAGUGAGAGUUAGAAAAGUAGAAUACACAAGUUGCCAUUUCGAAAUUUGGUAGUGCAUCAGCUGUUUUCCACUUGUUAUGUCAGUCACUGACAGUCACUCAAUUAACCCAUGCCAGCUAAAAAAUGUAUUGCUAGGUAAGGUAGUCUAGCCAGCUAUCUAAACCUUGUAGAAGGCCGCAUCAUCACCAAAUUACCGACCGGGCACGCAGGGCAUGUGCCCAGGGGCCCUGACCUCCAGGGGCCCCCAUUGAUUUUGUUAAUCACUCUC